AUGGCAGAGCAAAACCAGACAAGUCUACAAAUCACAGAAUUUUUUAUUGUCUGUUUUCCUAACCUUCAGGACUGGCAAUCUCAGACAAUUUUGUUUGCUAUAUGUUCUGUUGCAUAUAUUAUUGUACUACUUGGAAACUUGCUUUUUAUUAUGACAGUAAUCUCUGAUUACAUGCUGCAUGUACCAAUGUAUAUUUUAAUCUGUAACUUGUCCAUCUUAGAUAUCUGUAUCCCUUCUGUUACUGUACCAUCUAUGUUAUCACAUUUUCUGUUCAAUAAUAGAUUUGUUGCAUUUAGUGGUUGUUUUUUACAGACAUUUCUCUAUCUGGGUUUGGGUGCGUCAGAAUCAUUUACCCUUAUGAUUAUGGCAUAUGACAGAUAUUAUGCUAUCUGUAAGCCUCUUCACUAUCCUUCUGUUAUGACCAACAGAAAAGCUAUACAACUGUCAAUUAUAUGUUGGAUUGGAGGACUUAUGACCCCAGUGGCUUCACUCUGUCUUGCUCUUAAGUUACCCUUCUGUGGACCAUAUAAAGUGUACCACUGUUUUUGUGACUAUGCUGCAGUUGUCAGAUUGGCUUGUGCUGAUGUCAGUUUCAUAACAGCCAUCAGCUUUACAGUGGUUUUGUCAGUGCUUCUUAUUCCACUGUUCUUUAUUGCACUUUCCUACACAAAAAUAAUAAUAACUUUGCUUAAAAUUAACACAUCUGAUGGUCACUGGAAAGCAUUUUCUACCUGUGCAAGCCACCUCCUUGUUAUAUCUAUAUUCGUACUAGUUGCUAUUUUUGUCUUUGCUUCUUACAGAAUAUCUGGUUUCCCUGCAGAUGCUCGAAUUUUGGGUGCCAUUCUACAGAAUAUAUUCCCACCAAUGGUGAAUCCUAUAAUUUACUGUUUGAGGACAAAAGAAAUCAGGGACAGUUUUUUCAGAACAAUAAAAAAUAAUAUAUUCCUAAAAGUAUAA